AUGGCCCUGCAACGGCCCGUAUCAUUCUCAACCCAAAGCUCCUCAACCGGAGAAAAUCAGCAACCGAUCGUGAGCAAAUUGACAACAUUACUCGAAAAGGAAACCGCCACGAUGCAUGGUGCUUCAAGCAGACAAGAAUCAGUAUCGGACAUCAUAGACUCAAGCAACGAAAACAUCCAAAAUGCAGAUCAAACACACUCGGAAGCCAUGCUUCAGAAAGAAGCCAACCCUGAACCCGAAAAUGAAACUCCAAAAGACGAACCCUUGACCAAUACAACAACAGCCCUCAGCUCAAAACCCUACACAUCAUUCACCACGCACCAAAAAUGGUUCAUCGUCGGUAUAGCCACAGCAGCAUCUUUCUUUUCUCCGCUCUCAGGGCAGAUAUAUUUCCCCGUCUUGCCGGUACUGACAGAAAACUACCACCUGAGUCAGACGCUCCUCAACAUCUCCGUGACUACAUACUUGAUCUUCCAGGGCCUUGCGCCGAGUUUCAUGGGCACGUUCUCGGAUGCCAGUGGUCGACGGCCGGCUUACAUCCUCGCAUUCAUCAUAUAUACCGCUGCGAACAUUGGUCUGGCGCUACAGAAUAGUUAUGCCGCCUUAUUAGUGCUGCGAUGUUUACAAAGCGCGGGGAGUAGUGGCACCAUCUCCUUUGGAUAUGGAGUUAUUGCAGAUGUGACCACGACAGCGGAACGGGGGAAGUAUUUAGGUCCCAUGGCUGCUGGGGUCAUGGUUGGGCCUGCUCUGGGCCCCGUGAUUGGGGGUCUAUUGGCGCAGUAUCUGGGUUGGAGGUCGGUGUUUUGGUUCCUGGUGAUUAUCAGUGGUGGGUACGUGGUUGUCUACACCAUCCUCGCCCCCGAGACACAUCGCAAAAUCGUGGGCGAUGGAAGUAUCCUUCCCGCUGAAUCAUGGCGUCUAUCAAUCCUGCAAUACGUCCGCAUACGCCGUAGAUUAGCACGCAUGACCCCCGCAGAGAAGAAAGAAUACGACGAAACCCAAUCCGAGCUCAUGGCGUCCCAGAAAUCUCGAAAGAUUGGCUUUCCCAACCCGUUACUCUCGUUUAUGAUCUUGCUGGAACUUGAUGCGUUUAUGAUUAUUCUCUAUGUUGCGUUGAUGAUGUUUGGGUCGAUGGUGAUGAUGACUUCCUUGCCGAGUUUGUAUCCGGCGUAUUAUGGGUUGGAUGAGUUGCAGGUUGGACUUUGUUUUUUACCAUUCGGAACAUCCUCCGCCCUCGGCGCAAUCAUAAACGGCAAACUGCUCGACAUCAACUACAAACGCAUCGCGCGCCAACACAACUUCAGCAUCGACCGCAAACGCGGUGACGAUCUCACAAACUUCCCCAUAGAGAAGGCUCGUCUCCAACUCACUUUCCUCUGGAGCAGCAUCCUCGCCGCUACGUUUUUGGGAUAUGGGUGGGCACUCAACUAUAAAGCGCCCCUUGCUGUACCGCUGGUCAUGUCGUUCAUAAUGGGGUUUACGCUUAUUUGUACAAUGAAUAGCCUCACCACGUUGUUGGCAGACAUAUUUCCUGAUAGAGUGAGUACGGCGUCUGCGGCGCAGAAUCUUUUGAGAUGUUUGCUGGGCGCCGUUGGGGCGGCGGUUGUGGAUUCGAUGCUGGUGAGGAUGGGAUUGGGGUGGUGUUUUACGUUUGUGAGCUUGUUGAUGGUUGCGGCUGUUAGUUUGUUGUGGUUUGAGUAUGUUUGGGGCAUGGGCUGGAGGCAGAAGCGGUGGAGGAAGGUUGCUGAGAAGGCUGAGAGGGAGAGGCAGAAUGGGGUUGUUUAG